AUGGCGGCCAGCAGGAGGCUGAUGCAGGAGCUUGAAGAAAUCCGCAAGUGUGGGACGAAAAACUUCCGCAACAUCCAGGUCGAUGAAGCUAAUUCGCUGACUUGGCAAGGGCUCAUUGUUCCCGACAACCCUCCCUAUGAUAAGGGGGCCUUCAGGAUCGAAAUCAACUUUCCAGCAGAGUACCCCUUCAAACCACCGAAAAUCACGUUCAAGACGAAGAUCUACCACCCGAACAUCGACGAGAAGGGGCAGGUGUGUCUGCCGGUGAUUAGUGCUGAAAACUGGAAGCCAGCAACCAAGACCGACCAAGUCAUCCAGUCCCUCAUAGUACUGGUGAACGACCCCCAGCCGGAGCACCCGCUCCGGGCUGACCUAGCCGAAGAAUACUCCAAGGGUAAAAAAUUCUGUAAGAAUGCUGAAGAAUUUACAAAGAAAUAUGGGGAAAAGCGACCUGUGGACUAA